AUGUACUCACUCCCAAAGAAUCACUUCUUGUUCUCUUCUGAAUCAGUUUCUAUUGGUCAUCCUGACAAGCUCUGCGAUUACGUAUCUGACUCUGUUUUGGAUGCUUUGUUGACUUAAGACCCUGAUGCUAAGGUUGCUUGCGAAUCUGCUUGCAAGAACACUUUACUUAUGGUCUUUGGUGAAAUCACUACCAGCAGCUAAGACAUCGUCUAUGAAAAGAUUGUUCGUCAAGCUAUCAAGGAAGUUGGUUAUGAUGAUAUUGAAAAGGGUUUGGACUACAAGAAUGCUGUCAUUAUGGUUGCUCUUGAUCAACAAUCCAAAGAAAUCGCUAACGCCGUCCACGUCGAAAAGAUAGACGAAGAUGUUGGUGCUGGUGACUAAGGUCUUAUGAUCGGUUAUGCCUCCGAUGAAACUGAAGAAUUAAUGCCCUUGACUCACUUAUUGUGCAACAAGCUCAUCGAAAAACUCCACGAUGUCCGUAUUGACAAUACCUGCCCUUGGAUGAGACCCGAUGCCAAGGUUUAAGUUACUGUUGAAUAUGAAUAAAACGGUACUCAAAUCAAGCCCGUCAGAGUUCACACCAUCCUUAUCUCUCAAUAACACUCUCCUGAUAUCUCCAAUGAAAAGAUUGCUGAAGAACUUAAAUAACACGUUAUUAAGGCUGUCAUUCCUGCUCACUUCCUCGAUGACAACACUGUCUAUCACCUUAAUCCUUCUGGUUCUUUCACCGUUGGUGGCCCUUGUGGUGAUGCUGGUUUAACCGGUAGAAAGAUUAUCGUUGAUACCUACGGUGGUUGGGGUGGUCACGGUGGUGGUGCUUUCUCUGGUAAGGAUCCCACCAAGGUCGAUAGAUCUGCUGCUUAUGCUGCUAGAUGGGUUGCUAAAUCUCUUGUCCAUAACGGUUUAUGCAAGAGAGCUCUCGUCCAAGUUGCUUAUGGUAUUGGUAUUGCUAAGCCUCUUUCUAUCUACGUCAACUCUUACGAUACUGCCGCUGAAGGCUACACUGAUUUGGAUCUCCAAGAAAUUGUUGUCAACAACUUCGAUUUGAGACCUGGUAUGAUCAUCAAGGAACUCAACCUUAAGAGACCCAUCUACAAAAAGACUGCUUCCUGCGGUCAUUUCGGUAGAAACGAUCCCGAUUUCACCUGGGAAACUCCUAAGGAUCUCUCCCACGCCAAGAAGAAAUUGUGA